GUCGAGAUACUCUUUGUUGGGAUUGAUGAAAACAUUGCAAUACUUGAACAAUCUUCCGAAAAGAAAAGUGAUCUAAAUCCAGACACAAUGUCGACAGACAUGAAGAGCCAGAAUUCUGAGGAGUCCGACUACAGUGACCAGUCUGACGGCAUGGAUGAUGAUGAUGAUGAUGAGUAUCAGGAUCUCCAUGAUUACUACAAUGAAACAGAUGACCUUGACCUUGAGAAGCCAAAGAAAUGUGAUGACCCUGAGUACUUCGAGUACGAGCUGCUCCAGAUGGAAGAUGUGGAUAGGCUACUGAACGAGGAAAUAGAAGCACUUUGUACCCCUUUAAAGAUUACUCCAUCUCUUGCCAAAAUGCUGCUACUAACCCACGACUGGAGGAGAGAGUACAUCCUAGACAGACAUCAAAAGGAUCCUGCUCAACUUCUUGUCGACUGCAAAAUCAGGAGCUCUAAAAAAUAUGAUGAGAUGAUGUCAGGCAGCUCCCAUGUCUGUCGUGUGUGUGUGUGUCCUAGUCCAAGGGAGAACUUCCACGCCCUCAACUGUGGCCAUGCCUUCUGUGCUGAUUGCUGGGACAUGCAUUUCCAAAUCCAGAUAAAACAGGGAGUCACUAUAGGUAUCGAGUGUAUGGGCAAGGACUGCCCUGUGCUGGUCCCCGAAGACUUUCUGUGCAGUAUACUCAGUGAUACAACUCUCAGGGACAAAUAUUCCAUGCUCUCCUUCAAUGAUCUCGUCAAGACCCACCCGCAAUUGAGGUUCUGCCCAGGUGCUAAUUGUUCGGUGAUUGUUCGGGCUAAGGAGGCCCUAGCUAAGAAGGUCCUGUGUUCCCAGUGUAACAGCUCCUUCUGUUUCCGCUGUGGUAACGAGUACCAUGCUCCCACCGACUGUGAAACAAUCAAGCGCUGGCUCACCAAGUGUGCCGAUGACUCCGAGACAGCCAACUACAUCAGCGCCCACACAAAAGAUUGUCCAAAGUGCCAUGUAUGCAUAGAGAAAAAUGGAGGCUGCAACCAUAUGCAAUGUUCCAAAUGCAAGUAUGACUUCUGCUGGAUGUGUCUUGGAGACUGGAAGGCCCAUGGGAGUGAGUACUACGAGUGCAGUCGCUACAAGGAGAACCCCAACAUCGCCAACGAGUCCGUGCUGGUGCAGGCUCGGGAGGCUCUGAAGAAAUACCUCUUCUACUAUGAGAGGUGGGAGAAUCAUGCCAAGAGUCUGAAGCUGGAGGAGCAGACGUUGAUGAAGAUCCGAUCCCGGAUCCAGGACAAGGUGAUGACGAAUGAAGGCACCUGGAUAGACUGGCAGUACCUCCUGGAUGCAGCCACACUGCUCAAGAAGUGUCGAUACACCCUGCAGUACACAUACCCCUACGCAUACUACAUGGACAAGGGAGGUCGUAAGCAGCUGUUUGAGUACCAGCAGGCACAGCUGGAGGCGGAGGUGGAAAAUCUGUCCUGGAAGGUGGAGAGAGCUGAGAUUACAGAUAGAGGGGACCUAGAAAACCAGAUGGAUAUCGCGGAGAAGAGGCGGCUGACCUUGCUAAAAGACUUCCUCCAAGUUGCUUAACAAGGGCUACAAGUUGUUGUAUGUUAUUUAAGUCACCUGUAAAUCAUAAUCACUGAGUUGUCAACCUGUUCAUGAAAGUUGCCCUUGCCUUCCACACACAAAUAUCAGAAAGCGAUCGAAAGUACUGGCAAUUAAACAAACAAAACAUGUUUCGUAUUCUCUCUGGUUGUUUCGCCACCAUCAGGUCAAGGUCAUGGCUUUCAUCUUGUAAAGUCUCUACUGGGGCUUCCACUCAAUACUGCCGUUGCCGGGACUUUGCUUUCACAUUGAAUAUUUCCAAAAA